AAAGGCCAAUGAUCAUACCAAACAUCGAGUAGUCAUUUCAGUCAUGCAUGAAUAACUCUCGCCAAGUACUUCCGGACACUCUGUCGUUGCGACACACGGAAAACCGGCAUCAUUUGGCCCCCAAUGGUGAUACCCAGGCCGAUGAUGAGGUGCAUUGAUGUGAGUGUGGAAGGGUAGGGCGGAUGAAGGUCGAGCUCGCUCCGAGGAGAAUCACAGUCUUGGCUAGUUUGUGGAUUCCCCCCCUCCACCUCGCUGUUACUUCUGCAUUGCCUUCUCUCCAAGGCAAUCUCCCACAAUUUCGUUUGUAAUCUACGGAACAUUUUGUGCCGAGUUAUCCCCUCCGGUGCUCUGCCUUCUCCCUUCAUCAACAUUCUCUGCAUUUUGCAUCUUCCUACUCCUUCCUACCUCCACCCCACACAGCCAUUCAUCAAUCCUUGAUAUCGUCAUGGCCGGAGCCAGGCUGGAUGACAGGCAGAGCGAAGAACGCCUCAUAUCAAGUUUCGAUGAGGAAAACUUCCUCAAAGACAGUCGAAGUCCUGGGGCGAGAAGGUCACGAUGGUGCUGGUAUCACCCAAAUGGGACUCUGAUUCUAUCUUUGUGGACUUUAUUUCUGUUUAUAGCUUCUAUCUACCUUUGGUCAACAGUAGCUCGUCAUCGAAAAACAGCUGCCGCUUGUCAAUGCGAUGACUACCUGCCCAUCGAUUCUCCUGCCUUAGAGGCCCUCGAGAACACAGGUCAUAUUGAAAAGUUCGACGGCAGCUUUGCGAAGCCCAAUGCUUUCAAGGGACCACCAAGUCCUGCUAUUGAUGCCGCCUGGGAUGAUAUAACUUAUGCUUCAGGCGGUGUCAUCAACGUUGAUGAGCAAACACUUCAGCAGAUCAAUGCGUCCGAGUACUCUGUUGGUUUGGCUGACGAGCUCGGCGGCGGCUACAUGGGCUCGGUGGAAGUUCUGCAUCAGCUACAUUGUCUGAAUAUGCUCCGCCAAGCAAGUUACGAGGAUUAUUAUAGGGACAAACCGGGCCCGUGGGAGGACAGCCCGCAGAUUCUACGGCAUCAUCUUGACCAUUGCAUUGAUAUUCUACGACAGAAGUUGAUGUGUGAUGCGGACGUUGGUAUCCUGACAUAUGUGUGGGUGAAGGGGCAUAAAGACCCAUUUCCAGACUUCAAUGUGCACCAUAAAUGUCGCGAUUUCCGUGCAGUGAAGCAAUGGGUCGGGCAGCAUCAGCUCUACACAACACCCGAACAUGGCAUUGAGCGUCUCCCCGGAGCGAAGGAGAUGCCUAGCCCACCGUAGAUACUUGAAGUUACACAGACUACUAUCUGCUACAAAUCGUAACUCAGAGUUUGAGAACUACAAGCUGCCCGCCCAGUAAGCAGUAAGGG